UACAAUCUGAAAAUUUAGAUUGUAUUCUCAGUUUCAAUAUUUUUUAUCUUUAUAUCUAGGAACCUCUUCUCAAGUACUUUUAGAAAUUUAUAAGCAACAUUUCUACAUUUUCUGAACUGUUUUUGUUUCUGAGUAGCUUUCAAAUUCUUGUUUAUAUAAAGUAUCCUCCUAACCAAUCAACUCUCUUCGAAGCUAAUUAUCGAGCUAGCUCUGUGUACAAUCACCAAACCAAAAUGUCUUCACAUAAGGUCUCAUUGAUGUUUUUUAUUUCUUUGAUCAUAACUUCUCUGAUGGCCAUGGCUGCCUUAGCUGGUAAUUUCUAUCAAGACUUUGACAUUAUGUUCGGCGAUCAACGUCUUAAGAUACUCGAGGAAGGAAAACUUGUCACGCUCUCCCUUGACAAGGUUUCUGGCGCUGGUUUCCAGUCCAAAAAUGGAUAUAUAUUUGGAAGGUUUGAUGUGCAAAUGAAGAUGCCACCUGGGAACUCAGCUGGUACUGUCACCACAUUCUAUUUAUCUUCUUCAGGUCCAAAUCAUGAUGAGAUUGACUUGGAGUUUCUGGGCAACUCCACUGGGGAGCCCUACACUCUCCAUACUAAUGUCUACGCCCAAGGGCAGGGGUCCAAGGAACAACAAUUCCACCUAUGGUUUGAUCCCACAAACGACUUCCACACCUACUCCGUUGUUUGGAACAGCAAGCGCAUUAUAUUCUUGGUGGAUGGAAGUCCAAUUAGAGUGUUCAACAACUUGGAAUCACUUGGCCUUCCAUUUCCUAAAAAUCAAUCCAUGAAGAUUUAUGCAACUUUCUGGAAUGCUGAUGACUGGGCAACACAAGGUGGGCGUGUGAAGACUGACUGGAGCCAUGCUCCUUUCUCUGCCUCCUACAGAAACUUCAACAUCAAUGCUUGCCUUGGGUCACAAGAAUCACCAUCAUCAUCUUGCUCUACAUCUACCAAUUCCUCAGCAUGGCAGAACCAAGGGCUUAAUGCUGCAGGCCGGAACAGACUUCGAUGGUUGCAACGCAAGUUCAUGGUCUAUGACUACUGCACUGACCGUCCUAAGUUCCCGAAAGGUCUCCCACGCGAAUGUAAGCAUUCGAGGGUCUAGAUUUCUUCUAGAGACGCCACCAGAUGCCAAAUGAUCUAAGCUAGCUCUCUAAAUUAUAGAAACGGAGACCAAAUCAUUAGAUGAUAAUAGUUCAAACUUCUCCAACAAUGCCAUUGGGUUUCGUGUCAAAAUUGAGCUUAAUAAAUUCAGGACUACAGCUACCCAGUUCCUUGAGCAAAAAUACUCAAAAUCCAAAUCAGUCCUGCAUAUGUAAUAUCAAUAUAAAGAUGCAAUCUUCGGGA